AUGGCCAACUAUCUCGCUUCCAUCUUCGGAACUGAGCAAGAUAAGGUGAACUGCUCGUUUUACUACAAAAUCGGCGCCUGCCGUCAUGGCGACCGCUGUUCGCGAAAGCACGUCAAGCCAUCAUACUCGCAGACCAUCCUACUACCCAACCUCUACCAAAACCCGCAAUACGACUCCAAGAAUAAGAUGAAUCCCAGCCAGCUUCAGAACCAUUUCGAUGCCUUCUAUGAGGACUUUUGGUGUGAGAUGUGCAAGUAUGGCGAGAUUGAAGAGGUAGUGGUGUGUGAGAAUAAUAACGAUCAUCUGAUCGGAAACGUAUAUGCGAGAUUCAAGUACGAAGACUCUGCGCAAAAGGCCUGUGAUGCGCUGAACUCUCGCUGGUAUGCCGCACGGCCGAUCUAUUGCGAACUAUCUCCCGUCACCGAUUUUCGAGAAGCGUGCUGUCGACUGAAUAGCGGCGAAGGAUGCGUCCGAGGCGGGUUUUGCAAUUUCAUCCAUCGCAAAGAACCUAGCGAGGAGUUGGAUCGAGAGUUGGACCUUUCGACAAAAAAGUGGUUGAGGCUGAGAGGUCGGGACGAACGGAGCAUGACCCGCAGCCCUAGCCCAGAACCGACGAGGAAGCGAUACUGA